AUGUCUGAAGAAUUCCCAACGCCUCAAUUAAUUGAUGAUUUAGAAGAGCAUCCACAGCACAAUAACGCUCGUGUGGUGAAGGAUUUGCUUGCAGGUACAGCAGGUGGUAUUGCACAAGUGCUUGUUGGCCAGCCUUUUGACACCACAAAAGUCAGAUUGCAAGUAUCCAGCACUCCGAAAACAGCCAUGGAAGUUGUCAAAAAAUUACUUGCCAAUGAGGGUCCUCGUGGGUUCUAUAAAGGGACUUUAACGCCGUUAAUCGGUGUUGGCGCAUGCGUCUCUUUACAGUUUGGUGUUAAUGAGGCUAUGAAGAGAUUUUUUCAUCAGCGCAACGUAAGUGAGUCGUCAACUUUGUCAUUAUCGCAAUAUUAUUCAUGUGGUGUCACAGGCGGUAUAGUAAACUCAUUCUUGGCUUCUCCAAUCGAGCACGUCAGAAUUCGUUUACAAACACAAACCGGUUCAGGAGCCAAUGCAGAAUUCAAGGGCCCUCUAGAAUGCAUUAAGAACCUGAGAAAAAACAAGGGCUUGCUACGUGGUUUGACACCUACAAUUUUGAGGGAGGGCCAUGGAUGCGGUACAUAUUUUUUGGUGUAUGAAGCAUUGAUUGCUAAUCAAAUAAACAAUCGUGGACUAGAAAGAAGGGACAUUCCUGCCUGGAAAUUGUGCAUUUUUGGAGCAUUAUCCGGUACUGCCCUAUGGUUAAUGGUAUACCCAUUAGAUGUCAUUAAAUCUGUUAUGCAAACUGACGAUUUGCAAAAGCCCAAGUUUGGUAAUUCUAUUUCCAGCGUAGCUAAAAAGUUAUACGCCAGGGGAGGUGUUGGGGCUUUUUUCAAAGGAUUUGGCCCUACCAUGCUAAGGGCCGCUCCAGCUAAUGGAGCCACUUUUGCCACUUUUGAGUUGGCAAUGAGGCUAUUAGGCUGA